UCACGUUCUUCCUGGCUCAGACGUGAUGGCGCUUCCUGACUGGGUUAUCCCAAUCACUGUAGUCGCAUCUUUCGUCUCGCUAUGUUUAUUUGUUCGCUUCAGACGCACCGGACUUCUACUUUGGAGGAAAAUAUUUAGCGAAAUAAUGGCUCGCACAGAGAAGCCAUUAUUCAGAAUCGCGUACACACUGUACACCAAGACCAGUCUUGGCUACAUGUUUUACAAGCGGCAGAUGAGGAAAGCCCGAGAACGCUACCCGACUGGACACUCUACAGUUCUGCCUGUGCAAUUUAGUGGUAUGAAAAUCAUUCCCAUCUCUGUGCUGUCAGACAACUACAGCUAUAUCAUAAUUGACACCACCUCUGGCGUUGCGGCGGUUGUAGACCCGGCAGACCCUCAAACUGUUCAGGCAGUGCUCGAGGAGGAGGGAGUGAUGCUGGAAGCCAUCCUCUGUACACACAAGCAUUGGGAUCACAGUGGAGGGAACAAAUUGCUGAAAAGGCUUCAUAGAUCAUGUCGAGUUUAUGGAAAUGCGGCUGAUAACAUUCCUGGCCUGACACAUCCUCUGUCACACAAGGACUCGGUAACACUAGGGUGUUUGCACUUCAAGGCCCUCUUUACGCCAGGACACACAGUGGGCCACAUGAUUUACCUGCUGGAUGGCCGGCCACUAGGCGCUCCAUCAAGUCUUUUCUCUGGUGACCUGGUGUUCCUCUCUGGAUGUGGGAGGAUAUUUGAGGGCAGUGCCACAACAAUGCUGUCAUCGCUCGACACUGUUGGCUCCUUAAAUGAUGAUACUCUUCUUUGGCCUGGUCACGAGUAUGCCAUGGAUAAUCUGCUGUUCGCUGCUGAGGUGGAGCCACGCAAUGCAGCCAUGGAAAAUAAAUAUCAGUGGGUGCUGCAGCAGCGAGGCCAGAAGCGGUGCACGUGUCCCUCCACUAUCGGUGAUGAGAAGGCGUACAAUCCUUUCCUACGCAGCCACUGUACAGAGCUCCAUCUGGCGCUGGGACUCCAGCAGCUGGACGAUGAGGACUGGACUCAGUUUCGGGCUCGCGUGCUGGAGGAGCUGCGAAAACGCAAAGACCAGUUCAGCCGAAGAUGAUAAAUAAGAGCUGAUGUCAGACAAUGGAGCAGUGGAUAAAAGCCAUGUUAUCGUGUGGUUGCUGAGGUUUGCGUUAAAACGCAGUCAAGCCGAACAUUACUGUACUUUCCCAUCAACUUGCAUCACCAUCUCGUCACAAUGUCAUUAUUUAAUAUCACUAGGGAUUGUGACAUUGCCAUCGGCAUAUUGUGAUCAUACUGUUGAUGACAUUUAAUUGUCAAUUUGCACACGGAGUGUAUAUAGAUCGCAGGUACAACCGGAUUACCCUCUCGAAAAGGGUUGACAUGGAAAAUUUCAAUUGCACUGUAUUGUUUCCUGCACAACCUUUGUUAGUUAUACAACAAAUAAUAAAUACUGUAUCUUUGUAUUAUCCCUAAGCUUUUGUUAGACCAUCUUAGGUACAUUUGGGUUUAGUGUGGCUUUAGUAUUAGUGACCGCAUGUUAGUUUUUCAAAAUAUUUUCCACAGGAAUGUUCAAAUGCAAAAGUGUUUUGCUCAAGUGAAAGUUUCCCCCAUUUUUUUUUUGUCUUUACGCUUGUCUUUUUUGUGCUAACUGAGCUCGUUUUUAAGAGAAAUGUAGAUGACCGCAUUCAUUUAAUGAGAAAAUAUUCAAAAGCUUCCUUUUUAUUGCCAAUAUUUCUCUCAUGAAGCAAAAAAAAAAAGAUAAACGAUCAGUGGGCCUGAGCGCUUCACACGCAUUGUUCUGCAUAGUGAGAGCUACCUGAAAUGUAGUAACCGUAGUUCACUUUACUAGUCGUUUGUGACUUAAAAUAUAUAUGGUACGGUACAUAUUGUUUUGAAAUGGGAUGGGACUACUGUUGCACUGUGAGAGGAUAAUGAGAUGCCAUCUUAAAUGUGAUGCUAUGUGACUGAUGUUUGCAUUUGACUUGCAGUGUAAAAAAGAUUGCUUUCAUAAAACAACAUUCCGUUAUUUUUGGAAGAACCUUUGUACAUAUUGAGACACAUUGUGAAUUUGAUGGUUCAUUUUACUGUGACACAAAUGGCUCUGUGUAAUACGACCGUUGUAAUUCUCUUGCACAUUAAACAUUUCAGUCGACUCUUUGAUAAAGAUAAUGUAAUGCAGCCUGUAUCUGUGGGGAUGAGAAAGAACAAACCUGGGAGAUAUGAAAGAUUCGAGUUUCUGCCGUAGAACUUAAAAACCAAAGCAGAAUGUCCCCUGGUGACUGUUGACUAAAAUGUUAUUCUGGUUGUUUGAUGCUGUUGCACAUCUAAUUUGCAUAUGUUUGAGUUCAGAACACAACCGCACAGGAAACAGUUUGACU